CCACAACUUAUCAUGUGCCCUUGACUAGAAUUGAACCUGGGAUCCUUCAGACCUCAGGCAGAUGCUUGUCCACUGAGUAAAACUGGCUAGGGCGCUGUAGUCAAUUUUUUUAGGAGUAAAUUUUAUUUUAUUUUUUUGGGGGGUGGGGGAGAGAACUGUAAGAGAGAGAGAGAGAGGGGACCAGGAAAAAUGCAUGGAAGUUGAAGUCCUUAUUAAAAUUAAUUGAUUUAGAAUUCAGUAAUAUCACAAAUUUAUGGACAUAUGUCAGAGUAAAUUUUUAGUUUUUAGUCAGGAAUUUUUUUCUUAGCAUCUUUGAAUAUUUCAGUGCUAUUAUUAGAAGAUGUUUAUAAGCAACACAUUUAGGGAUCAGCUAUUUCUCUUCAGAUAAGUAUACAUAAAUUGGUUCUAAAAGUCAAUAAUUUAAAAAGUUUCCUGAGAUUAGGGAACUUGUUUUGUUAGUCAUUCUAAAAAGUUUUAGCAAUUUCCCAAGGCAUAUUCUUUAGACCUGGGUUCUUUUGAGCAUUUCUGACAUUUUUGGGAGGUGACGUAUUAAUUGAAUGGUACAGCUUCUUUUUAAAUUGAAGCUGAUUUCAUGCAGUAGGUGUUUGUUUUCUUCUAUCUACUUGAAAUUAAAUGGAAUUUGUUGGAAGGGUUAUCAAAAUUGUUUGCACCACAAGUAGGUAGUUUAAAUAAUAGGAUAGGGGCACUCAGUAAGGAACAAAUUUCAAUUCGCACAUAUUUGUUUUUUCUUUUUCUUUUUUUUGACUAAUUUGGUUAUUUGCCAUUUCUGGGGAUUAAACUUUAAAAAAUGUUCUUCUUUUCUGUAUCUGAUGUUCUGUGUGCUAUUAGUGAUGCAGCCAACACGAACGGUUGUCAUGUGUAACACAACUUUCGAUCACCGCGAAAACACCGUCCUGGGAAAGCGUCCAUGCUUGAUAUCGUUUGGUUCAUGAACAUUAAGUUUCCAGUACAGGUAAAAUCCCAGAGGAAUCAAAAGCACUCUCUUUAUUGGUUCCUACUCCAACCAUGACAAGUCUGAUGCCUGGUGCAGGCUUGCUUCCCAUACCAACCCCAAAUCCCUUGACUACACUGGGUGUUUCCCUUAGCAGUUUGGGAGCAAUACCAGCAGCAGCACUAGACCCCAAUAUUGCAACACUUGGAGAGAUACCACAGCCACCACUUAUGGGAAAUGUGGAUCCUUCUAAAAUUGAUGAAAUCAGGAGAACAGUCUAUGUUGGCAAUUUGAAUUCCCAGACAACAACAGCUGACCAGCUACUUGAAUUUUUUAAACAAGUUGGAGAAGUGAAGUUUGUACGGAUGGCAGGUGAUGAGACUCAGCCAACUCGGUUUGCUUUUGUGGAAUUUGCAGACCAAAAUUCUGUACCAAGGGCCCUUGCUUUUAAUGGAGUUAUGUUUGGAGACAGGCCAUUGAAAAUAAAUCACUCCAACAAUGCAAUAGUAAAACCCCCUGAGAUGACACCUCAGGCUGCAGCUAAGGAGUUAGAAGAAGUAAUGAAGCGAGUACGAGAAGCUCAGUCAUUUAUCUCAGCUGCUAUUGAACCAGAGUCUGGAAAGAGCAAUGAAAGAAAAGGCGGUCGAUCACGUUCCCACACUCGUUCCAAAUCCAGAUCUAGCUCAAAAUCCCAUUCUAGAAGGAAAAGAUCACAAUCAAAACACAGGAGUAGAUCCCAUAAUAGAUCACGUUCAAGACAAAAAGAAAGACGUAGAUCUAAGAGCCCACAUAAAAAACGCUCUAAGUCCAGGGAAAGACGAAAGUCAAGGAGUCGUUCACAUUCACGGGACAAGAGAAAAGAAACCCGAGAAAAGAUCAAGGAAAAAGAAAGAGUGAAAGAAAAAGAUAAAGAAAAGGAAAAGGAAAAGGAAAAGGAAAAAGAAAAAGAGAGAGACAGGGAAAAGGAACGUGAAAAAGAAAAGGAACGUAGUAAAAACAAAGAUAAAGAACGGGAAAAAGACCGAGAUAAGGAUAAAGACAAGGAAAAGGACAGAGAGAGAGAGCGGGAAAAAGACCACGAAAAGGAGCGAGACAAAGAGAAGGAAAAGGAACAGGAUAAAGAAAAGGAACGAGAAAAGGACAGAUCCAAAGAGAUAGAUGAGAAAAGAAAGAAGGAUAAAAAAUCCAGAACACCACCCAGAAGUUACAAUGCAUCAAGAAGAUCUCGUAGUUCCAGCAGGGAAAGGCGAAGGAGGCGGAGCAGGAGUUCUUCUAGAUCCCCAAGAACAUCAAAAACCAUGAAAAGGAAAUCUUCUAGGUCUCCAUCCCCUAGGAGCAGAAACAAGAAAGAUAAAAAGAGAGAAAAAGAAAGGGACCAUAUUAGUGAAAGAAGAGAGAGAGAGCGUUCAACCUCUACAAGAAAGAAUUCUAAUGACAAAGAUGGGAAAGAAAAAUUGGAGAAGAACAAUACUUCACUUAAAGAGAAGGAGCACAAUAAAGAACCAGAAUCAGGUGUGAGCAAAGAAGCAGAUGACAAGGACGCACCAAGGACUGAGGAAAACCAAGUACAGCAAAAUGGGAAUUGUCAGCCAAAUGAAGAAAACCUUUCUACCAAAACAGAAGCUGUAUAAGACUGACCAGUGCACCUCUGAAUGCGUGCCGGAAUGAAAUCCAAAGCUUUUAAUUACUCUUAACAAGAUGUUAAAUAAUGAAGAAUCCAUUUGAGCAUAAAGAGAUAAGCUAACAACUUUUCUAGUUGUUAGGUGGCUUUGUGGCCAUCUUGUUAGUGAGUAAGAAAAGAAAGCAUGGACAUCAUGAAGAUAACUGAUAAUACCCAAACUCAUCUUCUAAAACCUGUGCAUUUCCAUGGUGGCUGACACACUUGUCCUGUGGUUUGUUAGUGUUUGCCAAGAACCAUUAUAAAUAAAUGGGACAUCAAAGAUCCAAAUUUGUACUCUUCACAAAGACUGGAGAUAAACAUUGGAGGCUCUUUUAAAAAGUGUUAGUUACUGAAUUUUGUAUUGUUUUACUUUUUUUUUUAAUUUCAUAAAUACAUAUUGAUGAUGUGCUUGAAAUCGGUGCAAAUACAUACCCACCCUUGUAAGUGCAGAAUAUGUAAGAAGUUUUAACACUUAACUCCACAGGAUUUAUAGUGCUUGUGUUAAAUUCUCACUAUUGUGUUUCUUUUUCUCACUGGAUAGGACAAAAGCUUUUCUUUACAAUACUUUUACAGAUUCAAAUUCCUUAAAUAAGUGGAUUAAAAAACAACUGACAAUGCAUGCUACUACUGUUCUCUUUCAAAAGGAUGAACAACUGUGUUGAAUACUAAUAAUUAAUGUAUUAGUAUUCAGUGUUUAGAAUCAUUGGGUUUUCCCACAAAGUAAGCACUUCUUUUUUAACUUUCUUGUCACUUCCAAGCUUAUUAUGAAUAAUAUUGUGUGUAUUGUUAGCAGUAGAUGGCAAAGGUGUCGUUAUAAAAAGAAAACUUGGGUUUUUAAAAUGGGCUAUGGGAGCACAAGCUGAAGCUUUAGUGCCUUCUACAAUGUGGUAUACUGUUUUCUAGAAUUUUAUAUGUACUAGACAUUCUCAGCUCAUAUGGAAUUUAGAUGGAUAUUCCAUUCACUCCCAUAGAGAAGUGUUCAAGUGAUAUGUCAAAAGAGCUUCUUACUUAGUUCACCUAAUAUGAGAGGGAAGUCCUCUUUUUCAAGAAUGACUUUAGAGCUUAAAACAACAGUGCAGUUUUGGGACCAUCAGUUGUAUACUGUGAUCAUUGAAAAUGAAGCAUGUUCUUAAUUUACUUAAAGCAAAUCCUUUAGUUGUCUACAUGGGAUGGCCUUAAUUAUUACCUCUCAAUCAUCUUCUCAUAAAUGAUGUGCAGAAAUUGAAGUUGAAGGAGAAUACAUGAGGUUGUUUUAUGUUUAAGGAUUUAUUUACUUGAUUUAAAAUAUAGGUCAUCCAUCAUUCUUAGGUUCACUUUUUGUAGAAAGUAUGCAAGCAGUAAAAUGACAACAUUGCUAAUAUUUCCCCACCACCCUAAAACAUAACUCAUAGUUUCAGAACUCUUUUCAUUGUUAUAUUUCCAAAAAAGAUAUACUUUUUAAUUAUCAUAUUAUUGAAAAAUUAAGUAUAAUUAUUUUAAUACAAUCUAAUACAAUCAAAUUACUCAGUUGCCUUACCUCACGGGAAGAGUUACUUAUAUAUUUCAAAGCUGGGUAGCACAUCAGUUAUUUGGUUUCAACUUGAGUUUUCUUUUAAGGUUAAUACUAUUGAAACUUAAGUAUUGGGUGGGGAAUGGAAAGAAUUGUCCUUAUUGCAAAUAAUGAAGCCUAGUUUGAUUAUGAAGCUGCUUAAUUCCUCUUCAUGUGUCCAGAAUUACUGUGGUAUUUUUUCCCCUUUUUGUCACUGUGUACAUUAAAUUUUUUGAAAAUGCUUUACUAUGUAAAGUAUAGAUGGUCAUUUUAAUCCUUCAACCACAUACGGUUGGCUGGUAAACAGCUUAUUCUAAUAUAAGAAUGCUUGUAUGGUGACUAUGGAAAGAUCGUGAAGGAGUACGUAAGUCUUGCAUCAACAGCUGUCUUAUUUAUGAUAUGUAAGUAGAAUAGAGCAAAUGUUUGACUGUUAUUUUUAGUACAAUUUCUUAAUAAAGCUAAGUAUUUUAGAGGAAA